GCGACAGAAGCAAGAUGGCGUCGGGCCAAAGGGCCUUCGCGCAAAAGCUGUCAAAACAACAUGCAGCUGAUGUGCGAAGGACAGUGCGGGAUAUUACAACUGGGAAAGACCCGCCUCGUUCAGCCAGUGUAUCAACUAUCUCCGCACAUGUUCCCCUACAAGAGGUAGUUGAACCUGUUGAUUAUGAAGACUUCAUUGAUCAGCACCAGCUUGAGGCAGACAGAGACCCUGCCCGUGGGAUACUCCAUUUUCCCAGUGAUGACAUAGUUGUAACAUGUAUUCCAAGACACAUUCGAACUGUGCAUCCAGUUGUGCCAGAUGAUGGUAGGGAUGGCUUCGAUGCACAUGUGGCAGACUGUGUUCGGUGCUAUACAAAAGACUGGCUACAUGUCAGUCGACAAUACCUACAUCAUUCCACAUCAGUACCUGGGCGGAACCAGCUGACAGCAGAGCGUCUAGCACAUUUGCAGUCUUGUCCACAACCAGAAUUUGAAGUAGACUUGGAUGAUGACCGCGGACAUGAUGAUGUUGAGAGACAAGAUAUGGUUGGAAGCCGGCAUUCCUCCCACCUAUCUGACACACCAAGAGGAAGCUGGGCAAGUUCAGUCUUUGAUCUUCGAAAUUCCGUAGCAGAUCCUCUGCUGCCAUCCUUACUCUCUCGUAUUCCCUUGGACACAGUAGAUAACAAUAAUCAACAAUCGAGGCAGGAAAACAGACAGGAAUCUCUGUUUGUACUUUAUCCCCCUCAAGAUGAGGAGGACAUGAUAGAGAGGAGGCAAUACCCAGAGGUCCCCAUGCCCCACUCAGGCCAUCGGAUCCAAGUAAAGUGCAUCAACUUGAGACUCGAGUUGGAGAUUGAACCAGUCUUUGCCACCAUGGCUCUCUAUGACUUGAGGGAUAAGAAGAAAGUGUCCGAGAACUUUUGCUUUGACAUGAAUCCUGAGCCUCUCAAGAGGAUGUUAACGUCACACAUUCCAUAUCAGGAUAUAUCAACACUCAGCCGUACCUGCAUUUUUGAUAUUACCUACCCUUCAAGUGAUUUAUUCUUAGUAGUACGUCUUGAGAAGAUUCUGCAGGGAGACAUCAGUGAUGUUGUUGGACCUUAUAUGAAAGAUGAUGCAAACCGAGAGAAAUUGAAGGCAGCAGCUGUUGCGAGUUGUGAACGGCUUGGUAAAUAUCGUAUGCCGUUGGCCUGGACUGCAAUUAAUCUUAUGAACAUCUUCACGGGAGUCCAUGGAGAUCGUGAGAAUGCUCCUGAAAGAGAACCAUCAGGAUCAAACAGUCUAGACCGAAAGCAGAGUUCAUCCAGUUACGAUGAGCUGAAACGAAAGAGUGGUUCAGGGUCACUGACACGCAGAGGAUCCCUAGAAAGGCGAAGCUUCAGUGAGAAGAGACGGAGCUGGUCUCCUGAAGAAUUUGGAGCAUGUCUGGAUUCCUUCAGACCAGUUACUCUAACUGUGUCCUCAUUUUUCAAACAGGAAGGAGAUAAACUGCGUGAUGAUGACCUUUACAAGUUCCUCGCUGAUCUCAAACGACCCUCAAAUCAGCUGAAGAAAAAAUGUCUCCCAGGUCUACUCAAAUUAGAUAUAUCUCCAGUUCGGGACCAGCCUAAGUACUGCCUCACAGCAGAGCUAUCCAGACUACAUCCUUAUCCAGCAGAUGAGACAGAGGAGGAGGAAGAUAAGGAUUAUGAGAAAUGUCGACCAAUUAAAGAGAUCGUCGAGUUCCCUCCAAGAGAUAUUUUUGUCCCUCACUACUCCUACAGGAAUCUCCUCUUUGUUUCACCAAAAGAUCUGAAUUUCAGUAACAGACCAGGUUCUGCACGGAACAUUGCUGUAAAGAUACAGUUUAUGGCUGGGGAAGAAGAGUCAGCUGCCAUGUCAGUCAUUUUCGGCAAAUCAUCGUGCCCAGAGUUCACCACAGAAGCAUAUACAGCAGUCACCUACCAUAACAAGUCCCCAGACUUCUAUGAUGAAUUCAAGAUCAAGUUACCUCCAGUGCUUGGUGAUCAACAUCACAUUCUAUUCACAUUCUAUCACAUUUCUUGUCAGAAGAAAAAUGAAGAAAAGACAAUUGAAACUCCUGUUGGUUAUACAUGGCUGCCUGUAUACCGUGAUGGAUGCCUCCAAACUGGUGAACAUAGCCUGCCAGUGAUGAUGGAGCGACCCCCAAGCAACUACUCCUACAUCACUGCAGACAUUCAACUACCAGGCACAAAGUGGGUCGAUAACCACAAAGGCCUUUUUACUGUCCUGGUGGAGGCAGUGUCAUCAGUACAUGCACAGGAUAAGCACAUUGAUAGAUUUUUCCAUCUGUGUAAAAUGGUGGAGGAGGGUAAUAUUCCAGCUCGUAUUGGUGAAGCUAAUAUGGAGGGAGAACUGAAGAAAGCAAUGGGAGAUCUGAUAAACUGUCAUGCUGAGCCAUUAGUGCGAUUUGUCCCUGUGCUGUUAGACCGCCUCAUCUCUCUCAUGGUUCGGCCACCCACUCUCGCUGGGCAACAAGUCAAUAUUGCCCAGGCUUGUUUUGAGACCAUUGGCACGCUUGUUGGACGAAUAUCUGGACUUUUGGAGGACAAGAAUGAUCAACAUGGACGUAACAGCACCCUUCUAACAUAUGUGGCAUAUCAGGCAACUCUACCCCAUCCAGAUGACAGCCCACCUGUUGUAACUGCCCAGCCGCACCCUCCCCACCCACCAACCUCAGUCCCCACUCAUCGAAAGUAUUCUAGAAGCAGCAGUAACCCUGAUUUAGGUCAGGAUGCUGAUGCUGAAGUAGGAGGAAUCUUAUCAAGAGGAUUGGACAGAACCAACUCAAUGAGAACAGGUGGGAACUACGAAAAUCUCAUGUUGUUGCAGCGACUUCCAGGAAGGAAAGUAGUACAUGAAGAAGUGGCCCUCCAGUGGGUAGUGUCAAAUGGCACAGGCAGAGAAAAAGCUCUAGCAAAUUCAUGGUUCUUCUUUGAGUUGAUGAUAAAGUCCAUGUCAGAACACCUAGCCCGUACAGGAAGGCAGGACACUUUGCGCAAGAUGAGGUUCUCCCACCAGUUCUGUGAUGAUGUUGAGAACUUGACCAACACCAUCACAAAUGACAUCAUUGCUCUCCAUAACAAAGAUGUCCGAGAUACCAGAUUUGUACAGAAUGUGAACAGCAGCCUUGCCUUCUUUUUAUGUGAUCUCCUGUCGGUGAUGGAUAGAGGAUUUGUUUUCAUGUUAAUCAGAAACUACUGUAAGCAGAUGAGCAACAAGAUAAUGAAUCUACCUGAUGCUGCAGCACUGAUUAAUCUGAAGCUGGAUUUUGUACGAAUUGUAUGCAGUCAUGAACACUUUGUGGCUCUGAAUUUGCCAUUCUGCACACCAAUCUCAGCAACCUCAGCUCCAUCGUCCCCCUGUCCCUCGAUUGGGUCAACAACUAGUCAGUCAUCCUUCAUCUCCACUGUGAUUGGUGGAAAUCGUAGUGCUUUCAUGAUGCUUUCAAACUCUUUCAGACAACAGCACUUCCUUGUUGGGCUUGUGUUGUCAGAUUUGGCUACUGCUCUUGAGAUAAACAAUCCCAGUAUUCAUGGAAGAGCAGUGAACUCUGUGAGAAACUUGUUGACAAGCCAUGACACAGAUGAACGUUUCACAGAGCCAGAAGUAAAGGCAAGAGUGGUGGCUUUGUAUCUACCACUCAUCAGCAUUGUCAUUGAUGCAUUACCUCAGCUGCACACAUUUGCAAGCAAUAAAAAUCGGAAUUUGAUGUCUUCUGUCAGUGACGACAAUGAUGGAGUCGCAACACACAUCCACCAAAAUGUUGCUUUAGCCAUUGCUGGUUCUUCUAUGUUUGCUAAUAGGGAGAGCGACUAUGAUGUCAUACAAGGGCAACAGCAGCCUCGCAAGUGUCCCUUGAGCUCUGAGACAACCCGCAACAAGCUCAUCUGCCUCCUGUGGGUCCUGAGUAAUGCUGACGAAGUAACCCUCCGUCACACGCUGUCUGAUUUGUCGCACAGCCGUCUCCAUCAGCUGCUGGAUGUCCUCUAUAUAGCUGUAUCUUGUUUCCAGUACAAGGGAAAGAAGAUCUCCCUUCGAGGUGGAGGGCCAAGUCUACGAUGCAAAGCAGACAUGAAGAGUCGUUUGGAAGAAGCCAUCAUGGGUCAGAAUUCUGCACGUUCGGAAAUGAUGCUCCGACGUCGAGGUAACACUCCUUCCAACACCCCUCAUGUUGUUGGAUUAUCACAGUUCUACAUCCAGGGAGCAGAACGCAACCCACCGUCGCCUUCUGGAACCGGUGAGCGACUCCGUUGGCGCAAGGAGACCUUCCCCUGGCGCCACCAACAGCAGGAUACGGAACGGUCCACUCAUCAGGAGUUAGAACAGGAAUCACAGGUUGAGGGCCAUCUGGCGAGUGAAGCUAAUAUGAUAAUACUCGACACUUUGGAGAACAUUGUACAGGUGGUCACAAAUGCAGAUCACCUCCAGGGACUGCUGAGUGUGGUGUUCAGAGUACUGCUUCAUGCUCUUGCUUCAAACCAGUCAACUACAUCAUUGACAAAUAUGUUCAACACACAGCGAGCUCUUGUUGCCAAGUUCCCUGGGCUACUCUUUGAUGAAGAAACAGAGCAAUGUGCAGACUUGUGCCUGCAGCUUCUAAAGCACUGCUCAUCUUGCAUUUGCACAAUACGAUCCCAUGCUGCUGCAUCUCUAUACCUACUCAUGAGGCAUAAUUUUGAGAUAGGCAAUAACUUUGCUCGAGUAAAAAUGCAGGUUACUAUGUCUUUGAGUUCGCUUGUGGGCACCUCUCAGACCUUCAAUGAGGCGUAUCUCCGACGUUCCUUGAAGACCAUCCUUACUUAUGCAGAGGAGGAUGCUGACCUGCAAGAUACUUCCUUCCCUGAACAGGUGCGAGAUUUAGUGUUCAACUUGCAUAUGAUCUUGUCUGAUACUGUCAAGAUGAAAGAGUAUCAAGAGGAUCCUGAAAUGCUGCUUGACUUGAUGUAUAGAAUAGCUCGAGGCUACCAAAACUCCCCAGAUCUACGCUUGACCUGGUUAGCUAGCAUGGCUCAGAAGCACAGUGAGAGAGUUCAGCAUGCUGAAGCUGCCAUGUGCCUGAUCCACAGUGCAGCUCUUGUGUCGGAAUACCUAUACAUGUUGGAGGAUUGUCCUCACCUUCCCACUGGAGCUGUUACCUUCUGCAAACUUUCACCAAAUGUUUUAGAGGAAAGUGCAGUGUCUGAUGAUGUUUUGAGUCCAGAUGAAGAGGGUAUAUGUACAGGAAAAUACUUCACAGAAAAUGGAUUAGUUGGUCUUUUGGAGCAGGCAAGCUCUUCUUUGCAGCAGGCUGGUAUGUUUGAAUGUCUGAACGAGGUCUACAAGAUUUUAACUCCCAUUGCUGAGAAGAACAGAGAUUGGAAGAAGCUGAUCAAUAUAUACUCAAAACUGCAUGAUGCUUUCUCAAAGAUUGAUGCACUAGAGGGAAGAAGAAUAUUUGGAACAUACUUCAGAGUUGGGUUUUAUGGAUCCAAGUUUGGUGAUCUUGAUGGAGAAGAGUUCAUCUACAAGGAACCUAUGCUUACUAAGUUACCUGAGAUAUCUCACAGAUUAGAGGCCUUUUACAGUGACCGUUUUGGUGCAGAAAACAUUUUGAUGAUAAAGGACAGUAACACAGUUGAUGCCACCAAACUGGAUUCUGACAAAGCUUGUAUUCAGAUCACUUAUGUUGAGCCUUAUUUUGAUGAAUAUGAAUACAGGGACAGAGUUACUUCUUUUGAGAAAAAUUACAACAUAAAGCGGUUCAUCUUCUCAACACCAUUCACACCUGAUGGGAGAGCACAUGGAGAGCUUCAUGAGCAAUAUAAGAGGAAGACCAUCCUGACAACACAACAUAUGUUCCCAUAUGUCAAGACUAGGAUCCAAGUUGUUGACAGAAUGUCUUGGGUGUUGACUCCAAUUGAAGUUGCUAUUGAAGACAUACAGAAGAAGACAAAGGAGUUAUCUGCAGCCAUCAACCAAGAUCCUCCAGAUCACAAGAUUCUACAGAUGGUGCUUCAGGGGUGCAUUGGAACAACGGUGAAUCAGGGACCAAUGGAGGUUGCCCACAUUUUCCUAUCAGAUCUGGUUGACAGCAGGAAACCCCCUAACAGGCUUCAAAAUAAACUUCGACUCUGUUUCAAGGACUUCUCCAAAAAAUGUCAAGAUGCAUUAAAGCGUAACAAAACACUGAUUGGCUCUGACAUGAGGGAGUACCACAGGGAGCUGGAGAGGAAUUAUAACAGAUUUAUUGAAGGUUUAUCACCAAUGAUUACGGUCAAUCAUCUUACCCGACAAAUGAGUGACUGUGAGCAGGGAACUUCAUGAUUAACUCGGCUGUGAAGUUACCCGGCGCUUUUGGUGCUCGGAGUGGAAGAAGCAUGUUCAGGCAGUGAUUAGAUCUCGGCUUUUCCUAAAAGGUGCUCGUCUCAAAGAUGAAAAAAACUCCUGGAUUUAAAUUGUAAUGAUGAUUAUGCAGUAUUUAUAAUCUAGUUUUGUUUGAACCCAUAAACUCAUAAGAUAUGAGACAAGGUGCAUUACCACUGAAAUUGUGGAAGGAUGGGGGGGGGGGUUGAUUAGUUAAUGAUAGAGGGGCACAAGAAACAGCUUUAGAAUGAUUUAUAUAUACAUAUUCAGAGUCAUAUAAAUAGUUUUAGCAUUACUGUAUCAUCUUCCAGUUGUAUGUUAUCUUGUAUAGCUUUUUUUUUUUUAUACUUAUACAGCAUUUUUUGUGUGACGUUACUGUAGUAAUAUUGUCAGUAUUUUUAAUGAAAUUUUAGUAAGCUUUGCAGUACUUGUAAGAUAUCUAAUUUUUUUAUGAUUACUAUAUUAUUGCUUUUCAGUGUUGUUAUUAUUCUUUUUUAAUUUUUAAAAAUUUAUUUGUUUUGUAAAAUUUUCAAAACCUAAGAUCAAUUGCCUAAAAUAUCAAUGAAUUUGAGUAUUUGUUAUUCUUGUUGUAGUUAUUCUUAUUAUCUUAUUUGUUAUUAUUAUUGUUAUUAUUAUUAUUAUUAUUAUUAUUAUUAUUAUUUUUAUUAUUAUUUUUAUUAUUAUUAUUACUGAUGAUAAUGAUAAUGACUUUAUUUAUUAUUAUUAGUUAUCAUUAUGAUCAUCUAGAAAUAUUGAAAUCUUAGUAAAAAGUCGUAAAUAGUUUAUAUUUCAAAGUUUCUUUUAUAAACAAAAAUAUUUAUCCCACCUCCUUAUUCUUUGCUUGAAAGUAUGUCUGUCAUUUCCUAGUAUUCAGCAGCAGUGUAUACUGACUUACAACCCAAGGAAUAUAAAUUCAGUUCAAACACUCUAGAAGGACAUUAGAUUUAUAUUGUAAGCAGUAUUACAGCAUCUGAUUCCUUAUAAAUGGCUCCAUUCUAUUACUUAUAUGUUAUAUAUUUCAUGUGAGUCUCAGUUAUAUUUAUGUCAAAAUGAAUAAUAAAAUUUUGAUGUGUC